GUUGAUUUAAAUACCGGGGAAGCAAAGUGCUUACAUAGUUUGCGAAAGAAGCUUCUCUUACGAGACUCGUUGUCAAGCAUGGUCGUGGCUGAUUCCGACUACGAAGGUCCCGCAAUCGAAGCCCUCGGUUCUCUCUUUAAAGUCACCCAAGUCUUCCUCCGAGACGAUGGCGUCCAGGUUCCAUUCUUUGCUCAACGCGCGAAAUCGGAUGAAAAUGACGCCUCUAGCCCCGUUCGCGCUGAUUCGAGUGGCUUUAUUACAGCCGAGGAUUUAGAAAUUACUAAACAACUGAAUGAAUUGGGGCUCCCUCUUUCUUUCCAGACAAACAAGAAGAAAUUUGGAUCGGUAAAAGGAAAAAAAAAGGGUAAACGAUCGAAGCAUCCACAUACUUGUCACAACCCUGUAGAUGAAACUCAACAUAAAGUGAGUGGGGAGGAGGAGGCAUCUCCUUCUAAAUUUCAUGAUAAAACAAGUAGUUCUUUAUCUUGUAUGUCAAUGCUGGGCCAAAGUGAAUCAUCUUACUGUGAUGAUGCAAUAGAUCAUGAUAUGACCCAAUGUCCCUCUGGUGAAGGAGAUAAUUCAGCUUGCUGUACUGGAUUUGCUAGUGGUGUUUCCAGGGUGAUAAAUGAUAAUAUAAAUCAUGCUACAACAAAUGAUGCCCAGGAUGGUGACUUUUUAAUCAGCAAUUAUUGUGUUGAUUUGAAAGCUGCACCUACUUCAGAUACUGGAGUCUCUGCUGGAAGCUAUUUGACAGGUGCUGGUGUCAAUUACUGUGGGGCAGAAUAUGUUGAAAGCUUGACAGACAGUGAAUGUUUAGAAGUUUCACCAAUUGUUGGCAAAAAUAUAGAUGGUGAGCCUUUUUAUGAUGCUGCUGCUGCUGCUGCCACUUGUCAUUCACAUGCUAUUGAAUCAGAAUUUCUUUGUGCGAGUUCAGAAGGGAUUGGAUGUGACAGGAAUGAUGUGUCAAAUAAUUAUGGUGAACUUGGUGAUUGGAUGGCCCUCUGGGAUACUUUCUAUAAGAGAACAUACUUCUAUAAUAUUAAAACACACACUUCUACAUGGGACACACCCUUGGGGAUGGAGCAUCUGGUAAUUGCUGGGUGUACUGAAUCAGAUGAUAGUGAAACUCUAAAGGCAGCAGAGGAGUGUGGAACACAAAAUAACACUAAACCACCUGAGGAAACAUUGAUUGAAGAGAACUUGGAAGGAAAGCAACAUGAAGAGUAUUUGUCUGAGAUUGGAGUUGCUGUUGGCAAUUUGGUCUCUGACGUCACUACACAUGGUGAAGACCAAUCUCUUGAUCAUUCGAAUGAGUGUCUUGAGAGAAGUAGUUGCAAUGAUGGAGUCUCAUGCUGCUCAGUAUCAAAUACUCAGGAUAAUAUCAUUAGCUCUAAUGAAAGUUGCAUUCAAGCAGCACCAGAGGUUAAUCAUACACCCUUGGAAAACAUGGAAAUUGAUACUUCUGAACUGGAUACUAAAUCUGAUCCUUUCGAGUCAACAAAAAGUAAGAAAGUAAAAAGAAGACAAAGGCAGAGGAAACUAUAUAAUGAAGCUGAAGAUAUGCACUUUCAAGAAGUGCCUGAAGUGUAUUCUGCUACAAUUGGAAAAUAUUGGUGUCAGAGGUAUACUUUGUUCUCUAGAUAUGAUGAUGGUGUAAAAAUGGACGAGGAAGGAUGGUUUUCUGUCACUCCAGAGGCUAUUGCUCAAUAUCAAGCAAUACGAUGUGCUACUGGUGUGAUAAUCGACGGUUUCACUGGUGUUGGUGGGAAUGCUAUCCAAUUUGCACAAAAGUGCAGGCAUGUAAUUGGAAUUGAUAUUGAUCCAUUGAAGAUUGAAUAUGCUAGGCAUAAUGCUGGUAUUUAUGAGGUGGAUGAUCAAAUUGACUUCAUAGUGGGUGAUUUCUUCCUCUUGGCACCAAAGUUAAAGGCUGAUACUGUUUUCUUAUCUCCACCAUGGGGGGGACCUGAUUAUACCAAGGCUACUAUUUAUGACAUGAAGACAAUGCUUAGACCCCAUGAUGGAUAUACUUUGUUUAAAGUUGCAAAGGAGAUUGCUUCCAGAAUUGUUAUGUUCCUUCCAAAAAAUAUCAAUUUCAACCAAUUGGCAGAGUUAUCUUUGUUGUCCUGUCCACCAUGGUCGCUAGAGGUGGAGAAGGUUUAUUUAAAUGGAAAGUUGAAGGCGAUCACUGCUUAUUUCAGUGAUACAGCAGUUGUAGGGUGCUAAGUUAAACGCAUUCUCCUGUUGCAAGUGAAAUUAAGGAUAAUGAUCUCCUGCGAGGACAAAUAAUUGACACAAAGAAAAGCACUACCUGAGGUGAUUUUGAAUUAUACUUUGCCGAGACAUUUAGCUUAAUUAAUCUCCGGCGUGUUACAAUAGUAAAAAUUGUUAAAAGCUGUGCAUACUGUUGUAGUAAAAAAAAAAAGUGUACAUGUUUUUUAUUUUUAUUUUUAAUCUUUUUAAAAUAUGAACAGUAGAUUUAAAGCUAUAAAAAUUAUGGGUAAGGAUCACGGGUUGUAUGUAUAACUGCAUUUAUCAGCCAUGGGAAGCGAAUAGUUCCCAUUGGUUCACAAGCUUAAAAAGAUGGGUUGUUCAUUAUCCGUAUCA